GUCCCCAUUAUUUGACGAGUUUUUAUCACAACUUUUGCUUUUUGCUAUUGCUAUACCAUGACAAACAAAGACAUUUCGCUCAUUGUGCUGCAACAUGGCCUUUGGGGGAAUCAUGACCAUAUGAAAUUUCUCGAAAAACAGAUCCGACAUGCUUACAAGGACAAGGAUCACUUGAGCAUCCUCAAUAGUGAUGUGAAUGAGUCAAAAUAUACCUAUGACGGUAUCGACAUUUGCGGUAGACGAUUGGUCAUCAAGAUUCAUGAGCAUAUCGAUGAAUUGAAGAGCAAAGGCUUACGGGUCACCAAAGUGGGCAUGGUGGGAUAUUCAAUGGGAGGUCUCAUUCUACGAUUUGCCAUUGGCCUUCUUGGCAAGGAAGGGUUCUUUCGCACCGUGGAGCCUGUGUUUUUUGUGACCUUUGCGACACCGCAUCUCGGUUCUCGUCUUCCUGCUGGAUCAUUAUUUGACAGACUGUUCAACUUUAUCUGUGGAUCGAUGGUCUCCCGGUCAGGCGACCAGUUGCAACUUGUGGAUACGUACGAAGACCAACAACCUCUGCUUAGCAUCCUGGCCGAUCCGGAACGAGAAUUUCAUAAAACGCUGGCUUUAUUCAAAGCCCGACGCACUUACGCCAAUGUGGAUAACGAUCGCACUGUGCCUUACUGGACAGCCGCCUUGUCCGAUAUCAACUAUUUCGAAAGCAUGGACGACCUGGAAAUCUCUCUUGAUAAUGCCUACCCUUCGGUGGUUACUGCCUUUGAUCGGCGCGAUCCCACAAUGUUCAAAAAGACAGGUGCCCGUUUCAGAUGGAAUACUGUGCUCAAGAUUGUCUUUUAUAUUUUGUCACCUGUUCUAGUCAUAUUAUUUAUAUUAUUGGUGUUAUCCUACAUUGGCUACCAAGGCAUGAUCUCACGGUAUCGGGUAGCUCGAAUUCUCGCUGCUCAGAAGAAAGAUGCUUCCACUCCCUUGUUACAGACACACGUAAAACAGAAAAAGGACUAUCGACGACGCUCCUCUGGAUUUUCAGACGAAGCUGACCGCAUGAUGGAAGGCAACGUGCUGGCUGAUGCCCUGGAUGCCGUCAACUUGCCUGACCGAAAUGAUGAUCAUAACGUGCAUCACACUUCAAAUCAUCCUGCAGGUGCAUAGAAACAUGAUAUAAAAACAAAGACACCACAAAAUCCGCGUAACUAACACAAUGAUAAUUGAUGUCAAUAGGCAGAGACUUUACAGAAGUAUUAUCGUCGACAUGCAAUGUGUGUCCAUCAAAAUCCCUGGCGAGCAUGUUACAUCCGUUGGAACUCCAUCCUUUUCAGCUCAAAAUACAGGAACAAUUAAGACUGUUACAGUGGGAUACCAUCCUUGUCUAUAUCCGAGCGUUCAACGCUCACGGCAGCAUUGUUUGCCGGCAGAAACGAUUCGAAAAUGCCGAUGGCCGAGCCGUGAUUCAACAUUUUGUAGA